CAACCGGCACAUGAACCGAAAACACACACACACACACACACACACACACACACACGCAAAAAAGAAGAAGAAGCUGCGCGCAUAGAGCAGACGGCGGCUCGACUAUCAGGAGGCGAAUCGCGCAUCGCGUUGUUAAGAGAACAGAGAAGUCUGAGCGGACCCAGAGCCGCUGCGCACAAGCACAGCAACCACAUCGCUCCCAGAGGGAAGGAGAGAGGAACACACCGCAGCCACAGAUCGCCAUUUAGCUGUAGUGUGGCGAAUCCGAUCAGCGUUGUAGGAUGCCUCUUGGAGAGGAUGGAAAUGGAUGGAAAAAGAAGACAUCAGACAUCAAAGAACAUUAUGACUUCAAAGAGGUGCUGGGAACGGGAGCUUUCUCAGAGGUGGUUCUAGCAGAGGAGAAGAGGACCCAGAGGCUGGUGGCCAUCAAGUGCAUUCCCAAGAAAGCGUUAGAGGGCAAAGAGAACAACAUCGAAAAUGAGAUCGCCGUGCUACACAGAAUCAAGCAUCCCAACAUCGUUACGCUGGAGGACAUCUUCGAAAGUACAUCCCAUCUAUAUCUCGUCAUGCAGCUAGUUUCCGGAGGCGAGCUGUUCGACAGGAUUGUGGAGAAGGGUUUCUAUACAGAGAGAGACGCCAGCCAACUCAUCCACCAGAUCUUGGAUGCAGUCAAAUACCUCCACGAUAUGGGGAUCGUCCACAGAGACUUGAAGCCAGAGAACCUGCUGUAUUACAGUAUGGACGAGGACUCCAAGAUCAUGAUCAGUGACUUUGGACUGUCAAAGAUCGAGGGGGCGGGCAGCGUCAUGUCCACGGCCUGUGGCACUCCCGGAUAUGUGGCUCCUGAGGUGCUCGCUCAGAAGCCGUACAGCAAAGCAGUGGACUGCUGGUCCAUAGGAGUUAUUUCGUAUAUCCUGUUGUGCGGAUACCCUCCGUUUUACGACGAAAACGACGCCAAGCUGUUUGAGCAGAUUCUGAAAGCAGAGUAUGAGUUUGACUCUCCGUACUGGGACGACAUUUCAGAUUCAGCCAAAGACUUCAUCUGCCACCUGAUGGAGAAAGAGCCUUUGAAGAGAUACACAUGCGAGCAGGCGCUGCAGCAUCCAUGGAUCUGUGGAGACACGGCUCUGGACAAGAAUAUCCACGAAUCUGUCAGCGCUCAAAUCAAGAAGAACUUUGCCAAAAGCAAAUGGAAGCAAGCGUUUAAUGCCACAGCGGUGGUGCGCCACAUGCGGAAGUUGCAGCUGGGCACUAGUCUCGAGGGACCCAGUCAGAUUACUCCCACCAGUCCCUGCCAUGGACAUCUGCUCCCAGAGGAGGAGGAGGAGGAGGAGGAGGAGGAGGAAGAUGAUUUGGGGAAUGGGGAGGAGGAGAGCUUGUCCCACUAUGAGGAUGGCCGCCGCGGAAGCACCGAGGGCAGCGCGGACCGGGACAGCCUGAGAAGCUGCACCUACUGCUGCAGGCCGGCCAGUCGCGUCUGAGCACAUCCUCCCGUUACCAUGGAGCGCCCAGAGCCCGCCCCACCCCGCCCAGUCUGGCCAGGAAUGCAGAGAGUAGUUAUCAGGCAGUGUCCACCAGAGUACCACCACCGCAAGCAGGUGACUGCGUGGAGAGACAUCCUGUGAGUCUUUGUCAAUCCAAAAAAACAACGAAAAAACAUCCUGACUUGAGAUACACACUUUUUACAAGGCUGCUCAAAGUCAUUUAAUAAAAGGGCCUGUCUGCAUGAUAAUCCUGAAUACCCCCCAAGCAACCUAACAUGUAGUCGUCCUUUCAUGCAGCUCUAUCAGACGGUGGUCAUAUCACAGUGUGUGUAUUAACAGGAAGUGUUUCUGGAUGUUAGCUUGAGAAAGGAUCCUAGCCUCUGGAUUACAAAUCAAAGGGGAGGCAGUGGCCUAAAGGGAGUCUUUCUUGUCCAUUACUUUUUGUUCUCACGUUGUCACAUCUACCUCUAACUGCACUCACUGUCUGUCUACAUCCAUCUGGCUCUCACACACUCUACAUUACUGGCAGCUUCCUCCCCCCCCAAAAAAAAAAAAAACAAAUCUGGCCAGACAGGGCUCAAAGAAAAAGGCUUUUCAUGGGGGGGGGGGCGACAGGACUGAAAGCUACUCCUGCAUGUCUUAACCCAUCCACGUGACUCAGUCCAGUCAAAUAGUUGUUUAGUUGAGUAGAUUUAAUCCCAAGGCAUGUCUCCACUGCCAAUUCCACCCGCCCUUAUGUUUGGUUCCAUCACCUCUUUCUCAUAUUAAGUGUUUCUGUCUUUUUUCUAAGUAUUUACUGCUUUUUGUUUAAAUCCUCUGUCAGAAAAAAAAAAAGUGGAGGGUGAUUCUGGGGGGUUUUGGACUCUAUAUUCUGGCUCAGACUGGGUUUGUGAAGAGUGGCUCUGACCUGGAGUGUCUGCAUGCUUCUGUUGGAGAAAAACGUCGAAAAAUGUGUGAAAAAUCAAAAGGAAGCUUUUCUUUGUUUUGUUUUGUUUUUUUCAUUUAUUUAUUUUUUUUGUUUAAUGGCUGUUCUGUUAUCAGAGGCUCAAACUGAGAUCCCCCAUAAAUCGCCUCCCUUCCAUCGCGUCAGGAGGAGCUAUUCUGAAGGUGCGCGUCUACGCGUGGGGGGUGGGAAAACGAUCACAUUCACAUCACGCUCAUCCUCCUUGUUCUGUCGCUGGCACACGUCUAAAUAAUCCACCUGCUGUCAGCCUCUCGCUGUGGGUCGGAGGGAUCUCAGUCUGGGCGCUCGGCCUGCUCUGUGCUGUGCACCUCUAGUGGAAGAAGUUUUGGUCUACUGUUUGCAUGACCUGGUUAAAUAUGUUUACAUGAAUGAUGAUCAAUUAGUAUAAACACACAUGAUUAUUAUUACUCUGUUGUAUUGAAAAAAAAAUAAAUGAUGUAAUACUGUAAUUUUGAGCUAUAUAAUGUGAAGUGAGUAACACCAGAAGUAAUGUUGUUGACAAAAGUACAACACAGCACAGUGGACUUAUCAUUUGCAUUGACUAUGAAGGUCUAGUCUCUACCUGAGUGGCAUUUCUCCUGUACUAUGUUUAUUCACAACUCAAAUAAUUCUUUUCCUUCAGUCUGUUUUCUUGCUGUUGCUUAUUGUUGAAUCUCUUGAGCUGUUUAUCCAUGUUUGAUACCUGGGCACAAGCUGAAAAAAAAAAACACCUUCUUUUUUGCCGAAGUUCAAAACAAACAAACAAACAAAACAUAUAUAUGUAUCUCACAGGGACUGAAUCGUCUACUGUCUGCCAUGGGAGUAGCCUUCAGUGUACAAGCGCUACAUCUGCCCCCCCCCCUCUGAGUACAGCACUACAGCACUAAAGCCAUAAGGUGAAGUGGGGAUGUCUUAAUGCAGAUGAUUAAAACAUGUUGCCAUCUUAUGAAUCUGCAGCUCACAUGAAGGACGGCAAUGUCUGACAAGAUACUUGAUGUAGAAAAGAUAAAUUACACUCUCCCUGAGACAACUGGCUGGAAACACUUUAAUGUUGAUAACAAUCAUACUUUGCCAUUAUUAAUUUAAGGUAUGUCCUGACAUAACGCUGUAUUAUUAUUAUUAUUAUUAUUAUUAUUAUUAUUAUUAUUAUUAUUAUUAUUAUUAUUAUUAUUAGUUAGCUGCAGAGAUAACUUACCAACCCAUAAAAAAUGUGUUGCCCACAUAAAACCGGUUCCCUCAAUCUGUCAUCGAUACUAUCAGGUUCAUAGUGCAGUAAAAUAAGGCAAUCACUCUGGAUUUACAUGACUGUAAUUGUGGAAAAUAUGCAAACUGUGUGUGAAGGGCUUCAUGUUAACUGUAAGAUAGCCAGUGUUGAUGACUUUGAUAACCUGGCUAGUAUUUGUUUGGUAAUGACCUUAUGUUGAACCUUACCUGGGAUUCGUUUCCACUUGGCUGUGUUUUUUUUUGUUUUUGUUUUUCUUGUUAAAAAAAGCUUAUUUUACCCAUUACAAACACAUCUAAAUGCAUAAAGAAACACGUGUAUAUUAUAUAUAUAUAAAUAUAAGUAUAUAUUGUAUAUCCUUUUUUGUAAAAGCUGUUUUGAGCUAAAAAUGUAUGGAUGCAAUGCAUCAUGGGUUAUGGAACAAGAUGUAAGAAAAAUACAAUGAUUUGUACCCACAGAGAUCUGACUGCAGGAAAUGAAAUAAAACUUCCUUGUCUAUG